CUCCUGGUUUGGAGGCGGGGCUGCAGGAAUGGCUUGAUGUGAGGCAUUGCCGGCCCAGCGGUCUUUCCCUCAGCAUGCCUGCUGUUCUUGCAGGCCUACACCGUCUGUGCACUCUCUCAGACACUUGAAAGUGUGGGCUGUGGCCUCAUGCAUGCAAUAUCAAAAUGCAUCCAUUGGAGCUGAUGAUUCACAGAUGUGUGUAGCCAGUAUUGUGUUGUGUGAGGUCUGCCCGCUCUGUGCCUGCCCACUGUGUCCACGUUGGCCAGAGUGGCAUUUAAAGAGACUCCCAGCUGAAGAAAUGGUUGAGUCAAUGAAAAAAGUGGCUGGAAUGGACGUGGAGCUGACAGUUGAAGAAAGGAACCUGCUGUCAGUUGCAUACAAGAAUGUGAUUGGUGCCAGGAGAGCUUCCUGGAGAAUAAUCAGUAGCAUUGAACAGAAGGAGGAAAAUAAAGGUGGAGAAGACAAAUUGAAGAUGAUCCGGGAGUAUCGGCAAAUGGUUGAGACUGAAUUGAAGCUAAUCUGUUGUGAUAUUCUGGAUGUACUGGACAAGCACCUCAUUCCGGCAGCCAACACUGGCGAAUCCAAGGUUUUCUAUUAUAAAAUGAAAGGGGACUACCACAGGUAUCUUGCCGAGUUUGCCACGGGAAAUGACAGAAAGGAAGCUGCUGAGAACAGCCUGGUGGCUUACAAAGCUGCUAGUGAUAUUGCAAUGACAGAACUUCCACCAACACAUCCUAUCCGCCUAGGACUUGCCCUCAACUUCUCUGUUUUCUAUUAUGAAAUUCUUAAUUCUCCUGACCGUGCCUGCAGGUUGGCAAAAGCAGCUUUUGAUGAUGCUAUUGCAGAACUGGACACACUGAGUGAAGAAAGCUAUAAGGAUUCUACACUUAUCAUGCAGUUGUUACGCGAUAACCUGACACUAUGGACUUCAGACAUGCAGGGGGAUGGUGAAGAACAGAGUAAAGAAGCGCUGCAGGAUGUGGAAGACGAGAACCAGUGAGACAUCAAGGCCAAAAGAGACCCCAUUUCCGCCCUUUCUGCCCCAGUCCCUCCCAUAAGCUCCUCUGUGUCCCUGGGAGCCAUCUUAUCUGACGUUUGUGAUGAGCCCCAGAAUUUAGGUUCCUACCCUGUUGGGUUUUUUUUUUUUUUUUUGUUUUUGUUUUUGUUUUUUUUUACACAGUUGAAACGUUCUUUAAAAGGCAAGAGUGAAUGUCGUGGAUUUUACUGGUGCCAGCUUUCAGUUUCCUUAAGACACUAACCGGACUGGCUGCAUAGAGGUUUUUCCUGCAUUACCGUGUUGUCUUCUGUCAGUGUUGGAGGUGACACCUGGAAGCCAUUAGAAUUCUAGGGGAGGCUUUUUGCACUGUAGGGUGCAUGUGGAGGCAUUUUUCAUUUUUUAUAAUUGUUUAACACUUUUAUACCAGUGUUUAAAAUUGGGCGUUCAGUUUGAAGUUACAGGUUUCAUUGGAACAGUUUCUGUAAUGGGUUUGCUGUAAAAGAAAAAGAAAUCCAAAACUGCUGAGUGAUCAGAUGUUACUGCAACAGAUGGUGCUGGUUAACGGUUCAACAAUCCGUGGCUGCUCAUUCUUGCCUUCUCUUUACUUUCCCUCCAAGCAGGUCAGCAUUGAAGGUGGCGUUGAGAAGCCUGCAUGUGUGUUCAAUAUUUUUCUCUCCCUUUCCCACCCCUCUUCGCUAGCUCAACCUCUUUUGUUCAGUAUGUGUAACUUGAAGCUAAUUUGUACUACUGGAUAUCUGACUGGAGCCACAGAUACAGGAUCUGUAUUGUUCUUACUGAAACACAGCAUGGAAUUAACAUUAAACUUAAAUAAAACAACCCUAAAUUAAAAUGAUGCCACAUACUACUGCUACUUUACCCUGGUAACUUGAGUAAGAGGUGCUGGCAGAACAAGUAGCAGGAAAAAGUCUGAUUUCACUGAGUGCUGUCAGCUGCCAAUUAAUUAGAUGUCCCAAAGCCAAAUCUGUGGAUCCAAAUUGAUGGCUGUAGUCUGGGCACAGAUGUGGGCACCAAGCCAAGCUGAGCGGUUCUGUUUGCUUAGUAAUGGCAACGAGGAAAUGCUUCCUGCCAGUUAAGCAGAGACACGAACACUCGCAUUAGUGGGUCAGGUUGAGCUGGAGCGGCCCGUGCCCUUUAUCGUUUUCAGAGUUCCUCUCUGCUCUUAAGUCAUGUUUUGGUCCUUUUGUCCAGUUCCUGACAAAACACUGAAAGGUCUGUGGGAUAAUCUUACACCCCCCCUCCAGAUUUCUUCUUCAACUUCCUUUCCUGCUAACACCUUACAUCAUACCUCUGGUCUGAACUGUCUCCCUGACUUUUGGCUUCUUCUGGGCUUUCCCUUUGGAUUGAGCAGCAAGUCUCUUGGAUAAAUAAAAUACUGUGUAAAGAUUCUGCACUUCAGACUGCUCUCUGCUGAACUCGAUGAAAAGUGGGAAAUGCUGCAGUGGUAGCCCAGUGUUACUGGGCAGGCCUCCGCCCCGCCCCCGCCCGAGUCCAGCCUGGCGUCUGUGUGCUUUCCUUACAGGAGGAGAGGGCAGGGAGUGUGUUCUUCCUGAGCUGCUUGGGGUGAACUAGAUGAAGGAAUUGCUAGGACUUGUUUUUGCCGCUGUUCGUAUCUGGAGCUACAAAUAGGAGAUUUGAGUGUGUGAAUCGGACUGGCAGAGAAGGGGUGUGCUUAGCUUGAGCACCUGAAUGUUUAUGGCAAGCGUUGCAGGGCGACUGGGGCUGUAGCAGCGCUUCCUUCUGAGGCCGCCUGCUGCUCUCAAACUGGCCGUUUUCUAAGCUCUGUGUGUAGGUUGUUUACAGAUAGGGUGGCAUCUGUAACUCUGAGCAUGUGCAGAGUGGAGAUGGGGCCAAGGAGGGCAAGGGCAUUUUUUUCCCCCAGCAGUGCUCGAGAGAGCUGCCCGCAUGCCAGCACCGAAGUCUGCAGCUUUUCUCCAAGUGAGGGGCAUCGCUCCAGCAGCGAGAGCAUGAGCCCCCAUCACUGCAGCACUCGACAGGUAGGAGCGGCGAUGGCGGGUGAGCAGCAGUGCCUGCCCAGAACCCAGUGGCCCUUUGUUGGACAGGGACGGGGAGCACAGUCCUGUGAUGGGGGGCAGGGAAUUGGGCACACGCUUAGGCCAGAAGCAGAGCUGGCGGGUCUCGCCCAGAAGCUGCCUUCUGCUCCCGCUUGAAUCUCACUGUACAUUGCCACUGCCUAAGAGGGAGUCCAGAUGGGGUGACUGCUACCACUAGCGCUUGCCCAGCUUGUACAUAGAACCGAGCCCUCCAGAAAGUAGCAUCCAUGCCUUUUCCCUUUCUUGCGCGUUUUCUGCGUGUUGGAAUUUUCCACGAGUCUUUAACAGAAGGAGCCCAUUGUGAGAGUGUCCACUUGGGAAAGGAAAUCCUUGGCCUUUUCCUCUUGCUCCCUUGUGCUAACGAAUGUUGUCCCAUAGUAGAACAGGUAAUCUCAUGCUUGUACAGAUGUUUGUUGGGGGGAUGCAUUUUUAAUAAACAGAAAUUGAGCUGA